AACGCCAAUAUAACCCAUAAUAUUGGUCAUUUAUGAAUUAAACUGCGGCUAAAAUGCUAACGACAGCAACGAGAUGCCUGCAACGUGGCCUCACCAUGGGGCAUAGGCCGCUUCGCCUGCUGUUGCGUCGUCAGAUACGCAGCUCGUCAGCGCUGCAGGCCAAAGUGUUCGUCGACUUUGAGAAUCAGUUCGCGCACAACAUCCUCUCCACAUCCCUGAAGCCGUAUCAGAUUGUGCGCACCAGCGAUUGCCAAAAAGCCGAUAGUGCAGCCUAUGCAGCCACACCCCAACGUGUGCUGGAGCCGGCACAGAAUGCCACACCGGAUGAAUUGUACGCUGAUUUGCUGUCGCUGGUCGAGCACUGUGCCCUUCUGGGCAUACAGAUCAGCGAGCAGCGAUUCACUGACUUUAUACGCGCCUACUGCGAGGAGCUGCACAAGCUGAGUGAUAAGCAGUUGCUUGGCACGCUGCGUUGCCUGCAACAACUGCCGACGCCGGCAUCCACGAAGGUGGCCAACUACAUGGAGCUGUGGAAUACACUGGACAUUGAGUGCUGUAGACGCAUCGAGCACUGGCCCACCGCACAGCUGCUGCUGGUAAGCGAUGCGUGGUACCAACUGGGCCUGGCGCGCAUUGGCGAAUUUGUGUGGCAGGCGCUGCGCAAGCUUGGUCGCAAAGUGCGAAAGCUGCCGCCGGAACAGCUGGUGCAGUCAAUGUUCUUGUGCAACCUGCUGCGUCGGCCCAUCUUCGAGAUGUUCGACUUUGAGCAGAAUCUGGCGCAGUGUGUACAGCAAAUGACGCUCCAAGAGCUGGGCGUAAUGGCAAUGGGCUUCUUCAAGACACAGACGCAAAUACGAAAUCCCGACCUGCUCCAGCAGCUCUACACGCGCCUGGAGGCGCAACUGGAUAACGUUGAGGAUAUCACACUGGUAGCCAUGCUCAAAGUGUUGCGCUACAGCAGCAAACUACCGCAGGUGCCGGCACUAAAUCAAUUACUGGUCAAGUUGCAGCCGCAGGUGGAUCGCGUCUCGCUGUUGAGCUGUCUGCACAUGGCGCUGCUUGGCAGCGAUCUGCAGACCUGCAACGAUGACCUCGUGGAACGCAUUCUCUUGCGCUUCGAGCGUGAACUGAAUGCGACCAGGCUGAAGGAUUUGGAGCGCAUCUGUCUGGUCAUUGCGUUGUUCAAUCUGAAUACCGCCAGCGGUGUUGAACGACGACUUUGCCAGCGUCUGCCGGACAUGCUGCGCAACCGCAUCGAUGAGAUUCUGCGCUAUCCACGUUGCUACACCAAUUGCCUACAGUUUCUCACAAUGCGCGGCAUUUAUGACGUCGAGCUGCUGGGCGUCGCCCUGGAGCCGCGCUUCCUGAGCCAUGCCUACCCCAACGGCAAACUACCCGGCCGUGACUAUUUCCACCUGGACAGCUUUGCCCAGCUCCUGGGCUCCGAAUAUGCGGGGCCAUUGCUCACCGAGCGACAGCGUCAGCAGAUGGGCAAACUAUAUACGCAAUAUAUACCAGAGCGUAAGGAGGGACGCUUCAAGCUCACCAGCACGGAUCGCAUUCUCGUUGAGGUCCGUGAUGCGGUGGGCAGUCUGCUGCGCACCACAGUCACCAUGAAGCACAUACUGCCUCACUACGAUCGUUGCGAUCUGGUCGUCUGCUAUGAUCGACAGCAGCAACGCCCUUUGCCCUUCAAUGUCAGCGGCUGUCCGGAGGAUUACAGUGGCACAUUACUGACGCGCCAGCAUUUGCUCGGCAGCAAGGAAGCGCCCCACGUGGACACACUGAUCAUUGUGGUCGCCGGCUGGAAUAAUGUUAUACGCGACAGCGAACGCCACACGGGACAGUUUGCCAUGAAGUUGAAGCAACUGCAACAGAUGGGACACAAGCCCAUUGUGAUCUAUUGGAACGAAUGGCGCGAACUGGAAACGUCCGCAGACAGACAGGACUUCCUGAAGCGACGUCUUCGGCAGGCGGCCAACAUCUAA